AUGAAUAACCUGCAAUUUUUAGUCGUCACAUUUUUCUUCAUCUUAAAACUUUCUCCCACUUCCGCCUCGCCGGAUGAGAGCCGCAUAAUAAAAUCCAUCCUAUCCCCCUCCUACGACAAACUGACCCGACCCGUCGCCACGCAUGCGACCCCGCUCCACGUCGAAAUCGGUCUUGCCCUCCUGCAGAUUCUGGAAGUAGACGAAAAACAGCAAAUUCUCACGACAAACGUUUGGUUUCGAACGUUCUGGACGGAUUCCGGCCUCGUCUGGAAUGUUUCCGAGUAUGGGAACAUUACCGGAAUUCGGAUCCCUUUGACCAAAAUCUGGUCGCCCGACAUUUUCCUGUAUAACACCGCGGAUGAGGAGAUAUUCCAGUCGAUACAUCGCCGAAAACAGUUAAACGCCCUGGUCUCACAUGACGGUCGGGUUAUCUUCGUGCCACCGAUGAUCAUAAAAUCCACGUGCAAAAUGGACGUGACUUGGUUCCCGUUUGACAGCCAGAGUUGCAAUAUUCAGUUCGGGAGCUGGUCAUAUUCUGGGCAAGAGAUUGACUUUAAUUUGGUCAAUGUGACCGGACUGGCGUUCGACUUGUCAGAAUAUGUGACGAAUGGGGAGUGGAAACUGGUGGAAUUUACGGGAAGAAGGAUGGAGAAGUUUUACGGGUGUUGUGAGGAAGCUUAUAUAACAAUCGUUUUUACGAUUAAGAUCAAGAGACAGGUUUUGUAUCAUUGUUUUAACCUGGUCGUACCAGCGGCGUUGAUUGGAUUCCUAGCCAUUCUUGGCUUCACUCUGCCACCCGAUUCUGGCGAGAAACUAUCCCUCGGCGUGACCGUGCUAUUCUCCUUAAUCGUCUUUAUUAACGUGAUUGCUGGAACGAUGCCUGCCAACUCGGAUGGAGUUCCAUUACUCGGAACUUACUUUAAUUGUGUCAUGUUCGCCAUCGCCUCGUCCGUCGUGAGCACGAUUGUGGUCAACUUAAAGUUGAAAUGCCACCCUGGCCUCGUUAAACGGAUGGGUAAACGAGGUAGGAAAGUUUUACUUAAAUGGCUCCCAUUUCUACUCGGGAUGGAGCAACCAGGUUUGAAUAUGAAGGAAGAAAUUAAGAGGACUAUUGAAGAGGAAAAACAGCUUGAAAUAACUAAUGGAAUUGAAGAAUGUGUAAAUUGUAGACAUUUUAAGAGAGAAUUCAAAGGCUGUGAGAUUACGAGGUCGGAAAAGGAAUGGAUGUUUGCUGCCGUGGUGGUGGAGAAAGUUUGUUUAACAGGAUCAAUUUGUUUUGCAAUUAUUUCCACGGUGGUAUUGUUAGUGUCGGCUAUUUAUGAAUAAUAUUUAUGCACAUGACAUAUGCUGAUUACGUAUUAACAAUGCUAGUUCGGUGUAAAUAUAAUUGUAAACUUGCAAACUUAAAUAUUUAAAGCUUCAUGUGGAUUUACUUACGUGCAAAGCUAAAUAUAAUAAACAAAAUCUGC